GUGUGUAACAGUGUGAGAUUCUAUUCAAUUUGAAUGUUAGUUUCUUUUGUGUAGAGAAAAUGUGAGUAGACAUGACUUGAGCUUGAUUUUGAAAAGAAAAAAUCAUGUUGGUUUGAAACAUAAGAGAACGUGCCACAUGGGCAUGUAGAUAGCCUUAGUUGUAAAUGGUAUUUGGUAUAUAUUAGUGUAUUUGCAUGCAGAAGUGUACUGACAUUCCUUACAGUGGUUUCUGAUAAGUAUGGGUGUCUGCUAGCAGGCAGACUUAGGACAUUGUGAAGGAAACUUGUUUCUGUGAGUGAAAGUUAUAGAAGUUUGGGUUCCAUAAACAUUCUGCUACUGCAGAAAAAACAAAAUGGAUGCACAAAAUGAAGUAGAUAAGUUCAAGUUGGAAGAAGAGAAAGAGGAGGUGAAUGGCGGUAAGGAGAAAUUCCUAGAGAAGAAGGGUUCAUCAUUUAAGAAAAGCAGCUUCUUUGACCUGGCAUUGACAUCUUUCAAGGAGGAUAGCUAUUUCAUAUCAGAUCUCAGAGAGUCAGAGAAGAAGGCUCUGAAUGAAUUCAAGGAGCGAAUUGAGAGUGCCAUUAAGGCCAAUCAGUUCUUAUUGGAUGCAGCUGAAGAAGGCAUUGCCAAAGAGGAUCAUAAUGCAGCAACCAGUAAGGAAGUGAAUGCUGAGAAACCCACCAAUCAGGAUAUUAGUAAACCUGAUCAGAAUGGUGGUGGGAUUGAAAAAAAGAGUGAGAAUGGAAGAAGUGGCGCUGAGGGUGUGCAGAGCCAUGAUAAUGAUGAUAUAUCCAUUUGGGGAAUCCCCCUGCUUCACACUAAGGGAGAUGAGAGGACUGAUGUCAUACUCCUGAAGUUUCUGAGGGCCAGAGACUUCAAGGUAAAUGACACAUUCGUCAUGUUGCAGAACUGUAUUGCAUGGAGGAAAAAGUUUGGUGCUGACAAAAUACUUGAAGAGGAUCUGGCAUUUGAUGAGAAUCUGGAUUCAGUUGCUUAUAUGCACUGCUGUGAUAAGGAUGGACACCCUGUUUGCUACAAUGCUUACGGUGUUUUCCGCGACAAGGAUAUCUAUCAGAAGAUUUUUGGAGACGAUGAAAAGUUGAAGAGAUUUCUGAGGUGGAGAGUCCAAAUUCUGGAGAAGGGUAUCAAGCUACUGAAUUUUAAACCUGGUGGUGUCAAUGCAAUGAUUCAAAUCACAGAUCUCAAGAACAUGCCAAAGAGGGAAUUAAGAGCUGCAUCGAAUCAAAUUCUUGCACUUUUCCAAGAUAACUACCCAGAGAUGGUAGCUAAAAAGGUAUUCAUAAAUGUGCCGUGGUAUUUCAGUGCAUUGUAUUCAAUGUUUAGUCCCUUCCUAACCCAACGUACCAAGAGCAAAUUUGUUAUAGCACGUGAGGGUAAAGUUACAGAGACCUUGUACAAAUUUAUAUCCCCAGAGAAUGUACCUAUACAGUAUGGCGGACUAAGCAGACCCAAGGAUGGAGAGGUUGGUCCUAACAAACCUGCAGCAGAGUUCACCAUUAAGGGUGGGGAAAAAAUAAAUCUCGAGAUUGAAGGCGUGGAGUCUGGGGCAACAAUUCUGUGGGACCUUGUAGUUGGUGGAUGGGAUGUUACCUAUUGGGCAGAGUUUGUUCCAAGUGCAGGUGGAAGCUACACAACUGUUAUAGACAAGACUAGGAAGCUGUCUUCCUCUGAUGAACCAGUCUGCAAUUCCUUCAAGGCAUCGGAGGCAGGAAAAGUGGUCCUCAUAAUAGACAACACCCUAUCAAGAAAGAAGAAGGUUGCAGCAUAUAGGUACAUGGUAAAGAAGAACUUGGUCUAGAAGCUCAUUAAAUACUUCAAAAAUGUUACUUAUUUAUUGAACAGUGAGAAGUGCUGCUCCUCAGAGGCGAGAAUGUGUUAUCAUACAGGGGAAUAGGGAAUGAAGUGUCUGUAUUUAGAUUGCAAUUUUUUAAUCUAUAGUUAGAUAUAUCUAUGUAGUCCUAUUAAACAAGUAUUUUGUAAUAGAAAAGCUUGUGUUUCCAUAGUGAUACUCAUGAUGAAUUAGAUUGUGGGCAAUUUUGAAUGUGUUCAA